AUGAGUGACGAUGAUCGUGAUAGUGACCAAGUGUCAGUGGACGAAUUGACAAAACGGUUUGUGCCGCUGCGUUGCAUCGAAGACUUUCAGAUGACAGUCGCAGCUGAAAAGGAAUGUCUCUGUGCAGUCGUUGUGACCUCGUUUCUAUGUCCGUUUAGUGCCAAGUUCCUACCUCCCUUCCAGGAGAAGCUUGUGAUGUCUCAGAAGCCACAAGUUCGACGUGUACGUUACUUCCAUGUCUCUCUGGUUCCAGAGGAGAAAACCGAUAUUUCAGAGUUGCUCAAGAAUGACCCCGUGUUUAUCGCCACCAAGCGAGCUCCCACUGAGUUACAGAAGCAGCAAUUACGUAAGCAAGCCUAUGACAACUUGUUGGAACUGUUAAUCAUGCUUGAGGUCCGAAGUACCCCUUGCAUGCUUUUCUUUGUGGAAGGUAAAAUAUUACGAGUGAAUGAUGAAGUCUCGGAUGCACCACGAGUAAUCGCUACUGGGAGUUCCUUGCGAAAGUGGGAAAUGGUAUUGCAGAAUGCGGUAGUACGACGUAAUGAAUUAAUGCGUGAGUAUGAUGCAGCACAACGAAAAGAACGGCGACGUAUCGAGAGAGAAAAGCGACGUGAAGCGAGGAGACGUGCGAGAGCAGAAGAAGCAGAAGAAGAUGAAGAGGAUUAUUAA